GCUGGCUCGCUGCGCUGGUUCUCAGCUAUGGGCUCUUCUGGAAGAUGGAUGCUCUGGACUCUGUGUGUGUGUUUCAGCGCUCUGGAGUACGCUGCUCUCAGGGUGACGAUGAGGGAGUCCAGCCUGGAGGCGGUGCAGGGUGACGAGGUGCUGCUGCCCUGCUCCUUCUUCACCUCCAGCCCGCUCUCCAGACUCAACGUCAUCUGGACUAUGGCCCCCUUCUCCAGUCCUGAGACCCCCAAACAGGUGAUUGUGUACGACCAUGGUCAGGUGAUCGAAGACCCCUCACUCAUUGGCAGGGUGGGUUUUACAGGUAUACCUUGGAGUGCAGACAUCUCCCUGAAUGACACCCUGAUAUCAGAUGCUGGUAUUUACCGCUGCAUGGUCAACAACCCUCCAGAGACGGCAGAUCCCGGCAUCGGAGAGCUGGAGCUCAGCGUGCUGGCGCCCCCCUCGCUGCCUGUGUGCCAGUGGGACGGAGACAUCGAUGUGGGAGGAAGUGUCACGCUGUCCUGCUCCGUGGCCGAGGGCAUCCCCACCCCAGAGAUCCGCUGGGACAAACUGAAUCCAGAGGAGAUCGCACUACCCAUCAACAUGGACGGAGAUCUGUCCGGCUCCGUCCAGAUCGUCAACGUAUCCUCUCAGACGUCCGGCCUGUAUCGCUGCUCUGCCGCUAACCACCUGGGGACAGAGAACUGCUACGUCAACCUGUCCAUCUACACCCCCCCAGCCAGUCCCUCGGGCGUCCUGCAGGCGGUGCUGCUGACCCUGUCCAUGAGCCUGGUGCUGCUGGCGCUGAUGGUGCUGGUUCUGUGGCUCCAUCGGACCGGACAGGACGGGAGGUGGAGGGAGAGGAAGGAGGAGGAGGAGGAGGAGGAGGAGUCUUACAAUGAGAUACGGUACACUCCGUCCCUGAUGAAGCGCUCGUUUGUUUGAUUUUUCAACAACCACAGAAAUGAAAGAAUGCUGCAACUUGAACAAAGGACUCUUGCUUCAUCUGGAUAAUGGAUUUUUUUUAUGGCCAGUAAUAUUACUGUAUCGACUGAAGAGCAGCACAUAUUUUUAAAUAAACACUCCAAGUUUC